AUGGUCAACGGCGCAGGCCCCAUAUUGUGUCCCACGCCCCCGAUCCCGGAUAGCAACUGGAAUCGUCACUACCACUCGUCGUCGGAGACAUUCUGCGGCGGCGCGAAAACAUGUGGCGCCCUGGCGGUGCCCGCUCUGCAAAGUAUAAAGGCCAUCCACGAUCCUUUGCGCAGCAAAGGGCACGGCAGCACUCUUGGCAUGCGGUUGGAUAAUCCCUUCGUAUUUUUCAUGCAGGUGAGAAAACAUUACUGUAAAUGCUUCCGUUCCGAUAACCCCUGCAUUAUUGUGCUGCCGUGCCCAAGGUUUCUGUGCUCAUGUGUUUAUGAACUAGCGUCGUGCCUUACCGAACUACUAUUGCUAGCUGGCGACGUCGAAACCAACCCAGGACCCAAAACGGACGAGCUGCUACAAAAGUUAGAACUGAUUGCUGGCGACAUCAAGGAAAUUAAAGAAGAUAGAUUGACUUCAAUUGACAAAAAACUAGAAAAUCUUGAUGUUUUGGCCACGAAUAUUUCGAGCUGUGUUGAACAAGUUGCACAUUUACAGGAAGUUGUGUCUGCCCUCGAACUGAAGGUAGACGAUUUAGAAAACCGUUCACGGAGGUGCAACUUAAUAAUAUACGGAAUACCUGAAAACCAAAAUGAGGAUAAUUCCACCCUAGAAGAGACUGUUACUGAAACAGUGUUUAAAGAGAAGCUCGAUAUUGAUGGUGUCGGUAUUGAACGAAUACACAGUCUAGGGAAGCCAGCCACAAAUAAAACUAGGCCCACAAUUCUUAAGCUGCUCGACUUUCGAGACAAAACGCGAGUGUUCAAAAACUGCCACAAGUUAAAAGGAACAGACUUAUCGGUUAGCGAAGAUUUCUCGGUGCGGGUACGGGACAUAAGAAGAAACUUGCGGAACUAUCGGAAGGCCGUCAUGAAGAUUGCAGAUAUUGAGACCACAGCAAAUGAACUCGAAGCAAGGGGCACGUCGCAAGGGGCCGUGAUUUCAUCAAUACUGUUCAACAUUGCCAUGGUUGGACUGUGA